AUGGUCCACGUUAACAUCACCAAAGACCUAUGGAAUAUUCAUGACCCAGGAGCAAGAUACAGGGAAAGCCAAGCUGAAAAUUCAAGGACUGGAGAACUCACCAAUCAGAAAACUCAUACCAGAGAGAAAACCUAUAAAUGCAAUGAAUGUGGAAAGUCCUUCUGCCAGAAGUCUGUCCUCAUAGCACAUCAGCAUGCUCAUUCAAAGGACAAACCCAGUGAAUGUGGGAAAUCUAUCUCUAGGAAUAGAGACCUCACAAAACAUCAGAAGACUCACACCAGAGAGAAAACCUAUGAAUGCAAAGAAUGUAAGAAAUCUUUCUACCACUUGUCAUCUCUUAGUAGACAUUUGAGAACUCAUGCAGGGGAGAAACCCUAUGAAUGUGAUCGGUGUGAGAAAUCCUUCUACCAGAAGCCACACCUCAUAGAACAUCAGAAAACACACACAGGAGAGAAACCCUAUGAAUGUACUGAAUGUGGGAAGUUCUUCUAUGUUAAAGCAUACCUAAUGGUACAUCAGAAAACACACACAGGGGAGAAACCAUAUGAAUGUAAGGAAUGUAGGAAAUCAUUUUCCCAGAAAUCACACCUUACAGUACACCAGAGAACACAUACAGGGGAGAAACCCUAUAAAUGUAAGGAAUGUGGGAAAUUCUUCUCUAGAAAUUCACACCUCAAAACUCACCAGAGAACUCACACUGGAGAGAAACCCUAUGAAUGUAGUCAGUGUGGGAAAUGCUUCUACCAGAAGUCAGCCCUCACAGUACAUCAGCGAAGUCACACAGGGGAGAAACCCUUUGAAUGUAAUAAAUGUGGAAAAAACUUUUACUAUAAAUCAGAUCUUACUAAACAUCAAAGAAAACACACAGGGGAGAAGCCCUAUGAAUGUCAUGAAUGUGGUAAAUCUUUCUCUGUGAAUUCAGUCCUCAGAUUACAUCAAAGGACUCACACAGGAGAGAAACCCUAUGAAUGUAAGGAAUGUGGGAAAUCCUUCUCUCAGAAGUCACAUUUUAUCAUACAUCAGAGAAAACACACAGGUGAGAAACCGUAUGAAUGUCAAGAGUGUAGGAAAACUUUUAUCCAGAAAUCAAAACUCACUGCACAUCAGAAGACACACACAGAGGGGAAAAGCUUAUAAAGUAGUAUGAAUUGAGAAAUUGUUCUGACUGAAUUGAGCCUUCAGGAUAAUCAUAAUUCACAUAAGACAAAAUCCUUAUGAAUAUCAUCAGUAUGGGAAAAUUUUAGCCACAAUCUUUCUUCACGGAGAGGAACUACAUGGAAAUUCUGUAAAUCUAUAAGGAAGAAAUUCUUAUCAUAUGUUAGACUUUACUAAAUGUCAGGCAGCAUAGAUGGCAGAAACACUACAAAUUGUAAAAUGGAAGGAAGCCUUUCAGAAGUCAUACUUUAUUGUAUAACAUAGAAAUCACACAGGAGGUAAAUCCUGUAAAUAAAAUGAAUAUUGAAA